AUGAGUCAUCUACCAACCAACCAAUAUGACGUUCGCUUAUCUCAGGGGGCGGCACCUAGCCCGGCACAAGAAGCUUCCUUAAGGGUGUGCACCCGCGUUCCAGUCACUGUCUCCAGUCCAGUCCAGUCACAGUCUUUGCUUUGGGAGCUCAGGGAUAUUGACCGUCCCUGGAAAAUCGCAAAUGUUCCGCUUGGCCCCGGGACUCCCUGGGGCAACCCAGCCCUGGGAAUUCCCGGGCUUUUCUCCUACUUCUGCAAAAUCCUACCACUGUAUUCUCCUGGGAAUUCCUGGGCUCGACUUAAAUCCAGGAAUUCCUGGAAAUGCGACGGGAACCAGAAAAUCUUGGGCCAUUCAAGCAUGAGAAGUCCUGUCGUGAUGCUUACUUCCAGGAAUUCCCAGUCUGACCAUGCUCAGAAUUGCUCAGCGGCAGCACAUCCCAACAAUUUCUGCGGUCAGGGGCUCCUAGGAUUUCCCAGCAUCAAGAGCAAAUAUGGGAAUUCCUUGUGCCGGGCAGCCCAGGAUUUUCCAGCGCUAGCCCCUUUUCCAGGAAAAUACAAGGCUAGGUCGUCUGCGGUUUCCUGA